AUGCCCAUCAUUCGCAACUUGACAGGUACGCUCAAACCUCCACGAACCCUUCAUCCGAGAUAUAAUACCAAAACGGACUUUGCUGUUAUAUCUUACGAUUCGGUCCAAUUCAAUGUCGACAAGGAGACGAUCCUCAGACAAAGCCCGGUCAUUCGACAAGUUGUUUUCGACGCUGAGGUCAACGGGCAAGCUAGCAAGGGGAUCAUGUUUAUGAUAAACAGAAAUUCGUGUAUCCUCGAACUAUUCCUUGGACUGUGCGAUGGUGGGACGCUGGAGACCCCAGGACCCCAAUACGCCUGGAGGAUUUGUGAAGAUUAUUCAAGUCUGGCCCUCCUCCUGAGGGAAUUGAAAGCCUCGCAAUUGUAUUUCAAGCUCAUACAGCAGGUUUAUCAAUGGAUAGUAGACAAACAAUCAGGUGCAUGGUAUUUCUUCUCUUUCGCUGACAAAGCGAAUCUACCUUAUAUUGCCACUUGCGCUAUUGCUCAUGGCCAAGCUUUGAUUUGGCCAGAAGAAGGUAGAUUCCCAGAAUUCACUGAAGAUGGCGAGAUCACUCACAGUCCGUUUUGGGGCUCAAUCGGAUCAGUCAACAUAAUGGAUCCUACCGCCAUGGCCAUACAGUCUUUUUCCUCUCUUUCAGACAAAUACAUGUACAGGCUAUGCCGAGCUAUGCGACCUUCCCCUCGCUUACUCUCGUUCGAAGCAAAGAACCUCAGAGAUGUAACUUGCUGGAAAUCGGUAGCUUCAGAUUUCCAGGAGAUCAUGCGGAACUUCGAAAACAGUGACCGCAUUGAUAAAGGAGAAACGCGCCCAACAGAGUCUUAUUCCCAAAAAAAUCUUAAAUCAAAUUAUCAAUUCGACGAUUCCGACUUGACGAUCAUCACAAGCGAUGGGGUGAAACUUGAUAUACACCGAGAUAUCCUCAACCAUACCAGCUCGACAUUCAAGGACGUACUGGCAUUCCCUCAAGUUCAGUCCAAAAGUGCCACAGAGCUAGAGCUCACCGAUACAGAGAUUGAAACCUCCCGAACCGUCAAGCUGUUCCUUGCAUUUUUAUAUAGCCCUAUUGAUAUCAAGUCUCCAGCUCCUGAAAAUGUCCGAGAAUUCAUUGAUUUGAUCCGAUUUUGCCUCAAGUAUGAUGCGUCAGAUGUGUUGGACAAUCUUCGAACUUACCUCUACUUAUGGAACAGUGUUGGGUCUGUUUCCUUUGCCGAUGUGUUUCUUGCGGCUUCCUAUAUGGACGACCUACCUCUCAUGGUCGCAGCUUUUAGUAAUCCCAAUAAUAUCUGGGGUGGUGGACGAGUACGAACUGAUCAUACAACCAGAAACACUUCCCUUGGAAUGAUUGAAGGUGCUCCAAUGUUCGAUCUGACUGCAGCUCCCUUCAAAUGGUUGAUACAAAUUCCAAUGGACAUCCGAUGGAGCCUCCUGAGAGGGACAAGGCGCAGCUUCUAUAGGCCUCUGGAUGAUCGGAGGCGUUUGAGUCUAGGCACCGAGUUUGAAAAUUGUGUCAAGCGAAUCCGUGCCUAUCGCUCCGGCAGCUUCAAAAACAAGAAUGGCUCCAAGGAGAAAAGUUGA